AUGUACUGUGACAAUGAGCCACCAAUAGGCAGAGAGAGUGUACAGAUGAAGUGCAGGGCCAUACUGGGUAAGUUGCCUGCCCUGUCAGGGGACCCUUCCACCGGUAUAAAUGUGGCCCCAGUGUGUGGGGCACUCUCCACACCAGCCAUGACUCUUCCCCACCUCCCUCUCCUCCUGCUACUCUGCUGUGCCCUGCUCCAUCACGGCACAGGCCAUCCGACCCACUCCAAGAAAGCAGCAGCUGCUCGACAGAAAGAUGGAGCAAUAGAAGAUGAUGACAUGAAGUUGCAAAUUGGCAAACUAUGGCAAGAGGUGAACUCCUUGAAAGAGAUGCAAGCAUUGCAGACAGUUUGUCUUCGUGGGAUCAAAGCCCACAGGAAGUGUUACCUGGCUAUUGAGGUGCCCAAGCACUAUCAUGAAGCUAAUGAGGACUGUAUUGCACAGGGUGGGACCCUAGCCACACCACGGAACCUGAAGGAAAACAGUGACCUACAAGACUAUGUCAGACACAGCUCUCCAGGAUCGAAAGAAUUCUGGAUAGGUGUAACCGAUAUUGUCAAAGAAGGCCAAUAUGUUGAUGUAAAUAGCAUGCACCUCACUUAUUUCAACUGGGAUCAUUCCAAGAAGGAACCAACAGGAGGGAAACGGGAGAGCUGUGUUGUGCUCUCCCUCUUAGCAAAGGGCAAGUGGCAUGACGAAGUCUGUCUCACCCAGAAGAAAUACAUUUGUGAAUACCUCAUUCCUUAG